AUGGACUCAAGGCGUCAGCAAUUACAGUACCUGUUGAAUAUUUCAGUUUCUACCUAUUCCGUGAGCCCAUCUUUAUCGAGUCACUACUUGCGUAAAUUCUAUGCGUUAAUAGAAGAAUGGGACAUUCAAUUGGACCCAAGUACAUCGCUGACUGGAUGUAGUAAAUGUGGAAGUGUCUUUAUACUUGGGAAGAAUGCAUCUGUUCGGACACAUUCGCACCAUCGAAAAGAAAGGUUAGAUUUACCUAAAGGACAACUUGCAAGAAUGGAAACAGAAUGGCUCAUAGUUUGCAAUGUUUGUGGCUAUACUUCAGAAUUAUCUAUUGGUGCCCCUGCAAGGAUUCAUAAAAGUAGAGCCGCCUUGCUCGCCAGUGAAGCUGCCAAGACCAGAAAAAUACAGGAAGUCAAUACUCAACACGCAAGCUUGGAUAAUACCAAGACAUCGAGAAACACAAAAGGUAGACAAAGGCAAAAGCUUCGAACGUCAGGAUUGAAUGGAAUCUUAGCUAAGAAAAAGGAGCGCGAGGCGGAAAGUAAGUCUUCUUCGUCAUUAAACCUCUCUGAUUUUAUGUCUACUAUUUAA